AUGUCAGAAGAGAUGAAUCUAUCAAUAAAUGGACAGUCUCAGAUCCCUCCUGGUUUUAGAUUCCAUCCCACAGAAGAAGAGCUUCUUCACUAUUACCUCAGAAAGAAAGCGGCUUACGAAAAGAUAGACCUCGAUGUUAUUCCUGAAGUUGAUCUUAACAAGCUUGAGCCCUGGGAUAUUCAAGAUAAGUGCAAAAUAGGAUCCACCCCACAAAACGACUGGUACUUCUUCAGUCACAAGGACAAAAAAUACCCAACGGGGACCAGAACUAAUCGUGCAACGGCUGCCGGAUUCUGGAAAGCUACUGGACGUGAUAAGAUCAUACAUAGUAGCUUUAGAAGAAUUGGGUUGAGGAAGACAUUGGUGUUUUAUAAAGGAAGAGCUCCACAUGGUAAAAAAUCUGAUUGGAUUAUGCAUGAAUACAGGCUUGACGAUAACAACAAUACCCUUCACUUUAAUGCUUCCAAUCCCAUUGGAGACUCCAUGCCCGAAGAAGGUUGGGUGGUUUGUCGUGUAUUUAGAAAGAAGAAUUAUCAUAAAACCCUAGAGAGCUCUAAAAUCUCAUGCAACGAUGGGGAUCUAGAUCAGAUUUUCAUGCAUAUGGGAAAAACGUGCAAGAUGGAGAAUAAUGAUUCAUUGAACAUACCCAAAACCAACAAUCAUCUAAGAACGUUUGAUGGAUUGCAUGAAAGUUUUAUGCAUCUCCCGAUGCUGGAAAGCCCACCUCUCCCUUCUCUUCCGAUGAAAAAUCUGACUGACACUGAACCAUCUUCGAUCAAGCAAGGGGGCGGCGGUGGUGAUCAUCAAACGUUUUCAUCAGUCGAGAGCAAUAAUGAGUCCAUAAAUGGCGUUAACGACUGGGUCACCAUGGACCGACUCGUGGCGUCCCAGCUAAAUGGUCAAGUAGAGACAAGCAGGCAACUAUCAUGUUUUAGUGACCCUAAUGCGGUUUUCAGUCUCUGUAAGGAUGAUGAUAUUCAAUUAUCGAUCAUAAACUUGGACAGAUCAAAUCAAAACUCACAGGUUUUCAGCAACGAGGAUGAUCUAUGGAGCUUGACCAAGUCAUCGUCAAUGUCGUCGUCAUCAGAUCCCUUGUGCCAGUUGGUAUAA